AGUUACAAAAAGCUCCGCCUCCGAAGAAGUUGCAGAACAGCGCGUCACGAGACUCAAGUCUGGAAUUCUUCAUCGUCUUGGUCAGUCAGCCACUGACAGAGGACGAGGCGACCAUGGAGUACUACAAGCCAUUUCUGGUCAUUUUGUCCUGCGCCGUAGUCGUGGGCAUUAUCUCGAUAAUAUUCGUGCUAAGAUGGGUUCUUUACUAUCAAGGGGGUCUGGCCUGGAACGGUGGACUGGCCGAAUUCAACUGGCAUCCGGUGUUAAACAUCUCCGGAUUUAUCGUGCUGCAGGGUCUGGCCAUCAUCGUCUACAGACUACCAUGGAGCUGGAGGUGCAGCAAACUUACCAUGAAGUUAAUCCAUGCAAGCUUGAACCUGGUGGCUUUCAUCUUUGCCGUUGUGGCUACAGUGGCAGUUUUUGACUUUCACAAUGCUGCCAAAAUCCCAAACAUGUACAGUCUGCACAGCUGGGUGGGCCUGGCAGCUGUAAUACAAUACUGCCUUCAGCUUGUUUUAGGGGUUGGGCUGUAUUUGGUCCCAUUCAUGCCUGUAUCCUGGAAAAUGGCCUUUAUGCCCAUCCAUGUCUACAGUGGCCUGAUCCUCUUUAGCUCAGUUAUAGCAGUGGCACUCAUGGGCAUCACCGAGAAACUAAUUUUUAGCCUGAACAACCCAAAGUAUAAGGAUUUGCCCCCAGAGGCAGUAUUUGUGAACAUUCUAGGACUCCUUCUGGUAGUUUAUGGAGCGCUAAUCCUUUGGAUUGCCACUCGGCAGUCUUGGAAACGGCCCAAUGACCAGACCUUGCAUAGUUUGAAUUCCGAUGGAGGCGGUGAGGAUGGCACAAAAGUGGGUCCAGCGCUGUCUCAACUGUCAGAUGCAGCAGAAGGUGAAGACUUUGGGGAAGUCCGCAAGAGAAGUAAUAAAUAUGAUGAUCAGGUCAACUGAAUUUCAAUACAAAUAACUCAGAGUUGGAGGUGUCUGUGAUGUAGAAUGAAUGUACUGUAUACUUCUUUUCCGCCAGUCAAUUAUGCUGUAUUUUUUUCAUAUUUAAUGUUUGUUUUAUAUUUUUAUUACUUAUAGUGAAUUCUGAAUAUGUUUCGCUACGUCCUUAUUGUAUGUAAACAGCCUCCUUUGUUUCACAUGAACUGGAUUCACAUGUAUCGUUAAUCAUGACAAAUUUUACUAAACAUCCCCUGAUGCUUC